AAAGACCCUGAAAAUUGUUCUCUUUCAGGCACUGAAUUCCAUGGUUUUCUCUUUCUUCUUUCCACGUAUGAGCCUCUAAACCACUGUUCAUCUCUUCCUAAAGUAUUUGAAUUUCCUUUAUUUCAUCAUAUGAUUUCUGGGUUUUGCUCAUUUCAUCUAGAAAUGCAUUUUGGUCUGGAAGUUUACAUGAACUAAAGCAGCUUGAUUCAGUUUCCUUAACAGAUUUUUCACUUUGAAAGUGGGAAAUUGUACGUGAUGGGGUUUCUUAAAGGGUCAUUGCCUGUCUGUCUGAGAUCUCAGCAUUGUGCGGAAUGGGCUCGAAUCUACAUGAAGUAUUGUCUUUGCGGUGUGAAGGACAGAUUCUCGUUUACUCUAGGUUUGGUGAGUGUUUUCAGUUGGGGAGUGGCUGAGGUUCCUCAAAUCAUUACCAACUAUAAGAAGAAAUCUACAGAGGGUAUUUCCAUUGUUUUUCUGAUGACAUGGAUAGUCGGAGAUCUCUUCAAUCUUUUUGGCUGUAUGCUGGAGCCAGCUACUCUCCCAACACAAUAUUACAUGGCAAUGCUGUACACAGCUACUACAGUCAUUCUAGCUGCACAAACUACAUACUAUGGUCACAUCUAUCAUCGACCGAAAGCCAAUAAGAUAGGCUCACCUUGCAAGGGUUCCAAGCAUCACCAAUCAGGUAUUGUAACUAAAAAUGAGCCAAAUGGCAGCUCUGCUGAUGACUUCAAGGCCCAGGAUAAUACAACGAACGGAUCUAACAUUGCUGUGGAAGGACUUCAUCCACCAAGCUCACCAAUUCCUGUUGCUGCCACAGUACUUCCUCGUUAUGGUUCCCUUGGAAGAGACUUGUACUACAUGUCAGCGAGAUCUCUAACAAAGAGCCGUACACCGACAAUGAGAUCGUAUUUAGCACAUGCACACGAUCAUACAAGAACAUGUCCCAUCGCUAUCAACAACCAAAACUCCACAGAGGAGCCUUUGCUUGGCGGGCCUGUCUCCAUGCAAUCAGCACCACCUUUGAACACUAAAAGCAUGCUUUGUGUGUUCUCGGCUAUGAUGUUCUUCCUCAGCAGCUUCAAUCUCAACCUCUCUGUGAAUAAUGGAUUUAAUGCGUUUAUAAGAAAACCGCCCGAAGGAGUCAUCAUUCGAGUAGGGCGAAAGCUUUUACAGAGCAAUAGUGGGCCAUCAAUCAACUUGAGACGAGGAAGUGGAAGCAGUGGCAUCGGAACCUUUCUUGGUUGGGCGAUGGCAGCGAUCUACAUGGGUGGACGGCUUCCCCAGAUUUGUUUAAAUAUUAGAAGGGGUAAUGUUGAGGGUCUGAAUCCAUUAAUGUUCAUCUUUGCAUUAGUCGGAAAUUUAACAUAUGUGGCGAGCAUACUCGUGAGCAGCUUGCAUUGGUCAAAAAUCAGACCAAAUCUUCCAUGGCUGGUGGAUGCCGGAGGAUGCGUUAUGCUAGAUUCCUUUAUACUUAUUCAGUUCAUCUACUUCAAUUCUGGGAGACCCAAAGACUGAAAGCGGCCAUGGUCAUCUUUUUUCAAACUAAUUCAUGCCAGUUUGCCAGAGCUGCAGGCCCCCCUAGAGCAUCUUUGCCUCAAUGGAUGAGUUCAAAACACAAAAAAGGAUUAUUUGAAGAAGCUGGCAUGAUUUCAGAGUGUGUGGGUGCUUACGCCGAACCUGUUAGCCAAGCUUGGCUGGGAAUGUACUGGAAUCUGAUUGAUUCAAAUCUAAGGUGACCAUUUUCAUAGUUUGUAACAUGAAGGUAUGAACACUUCCUCUACCUUGGUUUUUUUUUUUUUUUCGAUAAAACAAAUCUGUUUGUGAUUUUCUGGACAUAUAAUCAGUUUCUUACCGUGAUCAUUUUGUUGUAUAUGGGCCCAAGGGACCCAUUUGUGAGCAACCACUAGUGGGUGGGCCUCGCAUGAGUUUCCUUCCGUAACCCUUUUUCUACUUUUAUCUUUGGAAAUUAUAUUUCAAGAUUAAGAGAAUCAAAUUUGAAUUGGAUGUUUAAA